AUGCCCGGUAACGGUGCGGGGGGGCUGCCGGCGGGGCGCCAUAGACGGGGGAUUAUUAUUGAAGAAGAGUCGGAUGCGCCUUCUGAGAGCGAGGAUGGGUCUACUGCUAGUUUUAGUAGUGACGACCGGCUCUCGGAAGCUGGAGAGACUGCCAGUGCUCUGAGCAGCAGCAGUCCUCUUGAAUCGGACGAACCGCUUGACGUCGUGAUACCUGCUGUGAAGAUGACGGCGAGGGCGUAUCAGUUGGAGAUGUUGGAGGAGAGUCUGAAGCAGAAUGUUAUUGUUGCGAUGGACACGGGAAGUGGGAAGACACAGGUUGCAAUUCUUCGCAUUCAGAAGGAACUCGAGAACAGCGACAAGAUCGCCUGGUUUCUGGCCCCGACGGUAGCCCUGGCUGAGCAGCAGUACGAAGCCAUCCGGGCGCAGAUUCCCGGCGUGCAGUCCAAACUCAUCCGCGGGUGCGACAAUGUGGACGCCUGGUCGACCAAGCCGGGCGUGUGGGACGCCGUCUUGUUCAACACACGCAUCGUGGUGUCGACGUACCAGAUCCUGUCCGAUGCUGUGGCGCAUGCCUUUGUCCCGCUGGCGUCUAUUGGGCUUAUUGUUAUCGACGAAGCACACAAUCCGGUUAGGAAAAACCCGGUCGCGAGACUCAUGCGCGAGCACUACGCCCCCAACAAGGCCAGGGGCCUUCCCGUUCCACACAUCUUGGGGCUCACGGCCAGCCCCCUCAUGACGUCGAACCUGGACGACCUCGAAGUGCUCGAGAACACGCUGAACGCCAUCUGCAAGACGCCGAGCAAACACAGGGACGAGCUACUGGCGCAAGUCAACCGGCCGGAGAUGAGAACCGUCUCUUACGGAGACGGGACAGACGCCGACGCCCCGGUACCGGACACGCCGACUAUGACGAAACUAAAACGCGCGUACCAGAGCCUGGACCUCCGGGAAGACCCCUACAUCCUCCACCUAAAAGCCAGCAAAUCACAGCGGGACCGGGACAAGCUGAAGAAGGCGAUCAUGACCAAGAAGACGUACUCUCGACUGCAGAUGGAGUCAUUCUGCAACCGGGCCAAGGAGAUGUGCAAGGUGUUUGGGCCGUGGGCGGCUGACUACUACAUCCACCGUGUCAUCGUCAGCUUUCUCCAGGACCCCAUCGCGCCCAGCCAGCCCAACGACAGCCUGGCCGAGCAGGAACGCAAGUACCUGGCCGCCGCGUUCGCGCAGGUGGAGGCUGAACCACCCUCUGGGCCGCCGACCGAUCUGUCCGCCCGCGUCGACGCCUUGAUCGGUACUCUCGAAGCACACCCGGGCAACCCGAUCGGGAUUGUGUUUGUCAAGGAGCGAGCGGCCGUUGCGGUGCUAUCCCACAUCCUCGCUGUCCACCCCCGCACAGCCGGGCGGUACCGCGUGGGCUCGAUGGUGGGCACGUCCAAAGUGCCGAACAAGCGGGACGACUUCCUCGAUCUCAGCCAAAAGGACUACUUGCUCUCUCUGCAGGCGUUCCGCAAGGGCACGAUCAACUUAGUCGUGGCCACCAGCGUGCUGGAGGAGGGCAUCGACGUGCCGGCGUGCAACUUGGUGAUCUGCUUCGACGAGCUGAGCAACCUCAAGUCGUUCAUCCAGCGCCGGGGGCGGGCGCGCAUGGCGGCUUCACAGCUGUAUCUGCUCGUGCAGAACGAGUCAGAUGCGGCAACCCGCGAUUGGCAGAAUCUGGAGAGGGAGAUGAAGAAGAAAUACGAGGACGACAUGCGGGAGAACCAGCGGCUUGAAGCGAUCGAAGACAACCGCGGUGGUGGUGACGGCGAAAGCGGGUCCGUCGAGGACUACCCAGUGCUGCGCAACGACGAAACAGGAGCCCAGAUCACGCUGCUCGACGCCCGACAGCACCUGGAGCACUUCUGCGCCAUCCUCUCGACGCGCAAGUUUGUAGACUGGAGCCCCUUCUUCAUCGUGCACGAUCUCGACGGCAACCCGGUCGAUGCCCACACUCCCGGGCUACGGAAAGCCACGGUGCACCUGCCUGUGUCUCUGGCACCGGAGCUGAGGACGUUUAGGAGCCUGUUUGCGUGGUCGUCUGAGGCUAAUGCUAUCAAGGAUGCUGCGUUUCAGGCCUACAAGGGGAUGUAUGAGGUUGGACUGGUCGGGAAGCAUAUGCUGCCGAUUCGUGAGACGGAUCUGUUGAAGGAGGUCGAGCCGCGGGCUGGGCUGGCGGCGGUGAGGGAGCAGAUGAAUCCGUGGCCGGCGGUGGCACAAGGAUGGAAACGGGACAAUACCCUCAUCUCGAGGGCGAAAGUCACGAUAUCAAAGAACGACGGCACGGCUAGUGCGGACAUGGAGAUCUCGCUGCCCGUCCCGAUCCCGGACAUGGACCCGUUCGAUAUCUUUUGGGGGGAUCCUGUGGGCUGGCGAGUGAGCAUGCAACGCGGCAGCGGUAUCAGCAGCAGCAGCGGAACAGACAUGGUCAGAGAAGACAGCCAGCCAGAUCACUCAUCAGCACUGCUCGCAUCCGCCUUUGGACACCGGUGGAAGAUAGACGAUACCAAAACCUACCCCGUCCGGUUCACAUCCCCCGACCGAGACCUACGCGCUAUCUCAGACGACCCGCCCCUCACACCCGAAGCGAUAGCCACGAUGGGACAAUCAACCCAUCUAGUCCGCGACAAACUUAACCAAAAACACCCCUACUUCUACCUCUCCUGGCUCAACACCAAACCCUCCCCCGACCUCGUCCAAAAGGGAUCCCGCGAUUUGGAGGGCGCCCCCUCCGACGUCCCCUACGCCGUAGUCAAAGCCUGGCCUCGGCCCACCGGUUCCUUCCGCCCCCCUACCGCCAACACCAUCGCCCUCGAAGCCCAAGCCGCCGCCGACUCCGCAGCCGAUCCGACCACUGGCGUCGCGCGGCCCUACCCGCGCGUGUUACCGGCCGAGAACCUGUAUGUGGAUAGUACUCCCGCGGUGUAUGCGUAUGUGGGGAUGAUGGCGCCUGCUAUUACGCAUGCGCUGGAGUGGUACUUCGUGGCGAAGGAUUUGUUGGAGUCGCGGUUGGAGGGGACGGGCAUUGGGGAUGUCGGGAUGGUGGUGACUGCUAUUUCGACUAGUGGGACGAGGGGGCCGAGGGAUUAUGAACGCGUGGAGUUUUUGGGGGAUUCGAUUUUGAAGUUGUGUACCACGGUGAAUUGCUCAGCGAACUACCUCAUGUACCCCGAAGGCUUCCUCUCCCCCCUCAAAGACAAAAUCGUCUCCAACGCCCGGCUAUUCCGCGCGGCCGUCGACUUCGGCCUAGACCGAUACAUCCUCCAUAAAGCCUUCACCCUCCACAGAUGGCGACCGACCUACAUCGAAGACCUCCUCGCCAGUCCACCUUCGGCCACAGGCGUCCGACAAAUGUCCACCAAGACCCUCGCCGACGUCGUCGAGGCCCUCAUUGGCACGGCCUUUUUGAGUGGUGGCAUGUCUAAUGCUUUGGCCUGCACCUCACUCUUCUUGCCUGACAUUGAGUGGAACAGCCUCGAGCACGGCCGGGAGGUGCUGUAUAACGAGGCGCCGCAUGAUGAGGAACUGCCUGUGACGAUGCGUCGCGUUGAGGAACUGAUCGGGUACACUUUCACCAAGAAAUCCCUGCUGGUAGAGGCCAUGACCCACCCGUCGUGUAACGGCCCCGGUAUCCGCGCGUCGCUAGACCGGCUGGAAUUCUUGGGUGAUGCUAUUCUGGAUUAUGUCAUUGUCAACAAGCUGUUCUCGUUGUCCGACCCGAAGCCGCUGGAGAACUCGGAGCUGCACUUGUUCCGGACAGCCUUAGUCAAUGCCGAUAUCCUGGGGUUUAUGGUGUUGGAAUGGUGUCUCCCAGCCGAUGGCCCCCCUUCUUCCACUGCAACCACCACCAACAAUGGACAAAAAACACCAGACGUCAACACCAACUUCCUCCCCGCCCACCUCCACCCUACCACAACCCCCAUCCCCCUCUGGACCUUCCUCCGCCACGCCUCCCCCGACCUCGGCGCAAUGCAACAAGCCACCAUCCUCCGGCACGCCUCCCUCCGCGGCCCCAUCCUCCACGCCCUGCACCACGGGCCCAACUACCCCUGGGCAUUGUUCGCUCACCUCCAACUCAACAAAUUCUACUCGGACAUCUUUGAGUCGGUGCUAGGCGCGGUGUGGGUGGAUUCCGGGUCGUUGGAGGCGUGUGAGCAGGUAGUGGAGAAGAGUGGGCUGGGCGGGUUGUUGAGACGGUUGGUUGCGGGCGGGGUUUGGUGUUUACAUCCGAAGGAGGAGUUGGGGAUUUUGGCUGCUCGACUAGCUAGUAAUGCUGCUGGAGAACGGGAGGAAGAAGGGGUGGUGGGAGAGACGGAACGGUUGUUUAAAUGUGAGGUUGUUGUUGGAGGGGAGGUGGUUGGGCGGGCGACGGGGGCUGUGACGAAGGAGGAGGCUAGGACGAGGGCGGCUGAGAAGGCUUGUGCGGUUUUGAAGGGGAGGGCGAGUAAGAGUUGA